AGUGCAGCAAACUUCAGACUCAUUGACUGCAGGCUUAACAAGCGUUGGUGCUUUCCUUCCUUCUGCAGCUUGCAAGGAUCUUUGGAUUUUGCAAAACAGUUCUAAGAAAACAAUGGCCAACUUCUCCUUACGGACAAUUUUUGGAUUAUUUUUGCUGAAGCUCUGUCUAGCAGAAACAGAAUUCAAUGUAAGUUGCAGAUAUGGAGGAGUUUUUCAUGUUGAAAAGAAUGGCCGCUACAGUCUCACACGAUCUGAAGCAGUUGAACUCUGCAGAGCUCUCAACAGCACCUUGGCAACACUAGAGCAGCUGAAAAAAGCUCAUGAGCUUGGAUUUGAAACUUGCAGGUAUGGUUUCGUGGUGGGGCAUAUUGUUAUCCCACGGAUCAAUCCCUAUCAUCUUUGUGCAGCAAAUAACACUGGCAUUUACAAACUUUCAACAAAUACAACUGCUCGAUAUGACGCAUACUGCUACAAUGCAACAGAAACAGAGGAAAAAACAUGUGAGCCAGUUGUAAAAAUAGAUACUUCCUUACUCAGUAAUCAGGAUGAAACAGUCAUUGACAACGCGGAUGGCUCCCGUUACAAUGCGGAUGGCACACGUCACACUGGUGGAGAGUCCUCAACCUCAGGGGUGGAUGAUGAAAAUGCAGGUAGUGGAUCAACUCAUGAGACAACUCCCAUGGAUGCCUCCAUCAGCAGGUCCAGCCCCUCAUAUUAUGGAAGUCCUACUCCAGUCUCACAGCUGCCAGAUCAUUCUUCUGGAGGAGAUGGAAUUCCUGGAAAAGACUAUGAUGAUGAAUUUACAUCUGUAUCACCUGACAUCUCUCUGAGGACGGUGGCCAGUGAUUUCCAUGAAGGAGAUGACGGAGAGUAUCCCGCAAGUACUACUGUGGCCUCACAACACAAAACACUUCUGGAAAUCACCACCCAAGACCAUUGGAACCCCACCUUUACAGAUGAAGAGGAGCAGUAUCCUAGCUCUGCUAGCAAGGCACUAGUUACAAGUGAAAAUGAAAAACAUCAAGGACCAACCCAACAUCCACUAUUACACAGCGUUCAUUCUGGAGAGAUCAGUCAAGAACAAAAUCCUGCAAAUACCACUGGCAGUAUUGAACAACAUGAAUUUACUACUGCAGGUGAAAAUUAUUUUGGAAAGGAAACUUCUACAGCUAUGGUCCCCAGCCAUGGGGCCAAACAGAACAACUCAGAGCAAGACCCGUUGGUGUAUCCAGGCUGGGAUGAGGGAGAGGAUUAUGCCACACAGCCUGCUGUAACGGAUAGAGAUACUGCUUCCAGAGAGAGCCAUCAUGAAAGAGAGUCUUCCACUACAGCAGCUGUUGCCUCUCCUGAUGAGACCCACCACAAAGAGCCAACUCAACCACCUCGGCCUUGGGAUUAUGAACCAGAAAUGAGCACUGAAGGCAUCAUAAAUCUCACGGAUGCCCCUGGGGAUGAAGAUCUCCACAGGACCACAGCCACUAUGAUCAAAGAUGUUAACUUGGCCAUCACCACAACAGUCACAGCCUCCACUGACAUUCUGGCACCAGAAGAUAUAACCCAGGGAGCGUGGGCACCUCACCUUGUGGUAACAGCUGCUUCCUCUCCUGAGGGUGCCCACCACGAAGACACAACUCAGACACCUCUGCCUUCAGAUGAUGAACGAGGACAGGGCACUGAAGGCAUCACAAAUCCCACGGAUAUGCCCAGAGAUGAAGUGCUCCACAGGACCACAGCCAGUGUGACCAAAACUGUUGUAGAAUCUGUGGAUGAUGCUGACCUAGAGAAAGCAACCAAGGAGCCACUGACACCUGGCACUGCACCUGGAAGGGACGGGGAACCAGCAAACACCACAGAUGGUUUCCAUGUCCAUGGGAUGCCUGGAGUUUUUUCAGACAUUGAGGACCGUUUUAUUCCCUUGCAGACUCCGCUUACUACCAGCUCUACCCAAGGACCACACAAGGGACAUUAUGAAUCCACUACAUCCUCUGGAGAGACUGCCACAACAAAAAUAGAUUCACAACCAAGGUCGGCCCAUAUACCAGACUGGCUGAUCAUCGUUGCUGCUCUGGUGGUGCUUGCAUUGAUCCUUGCAGUGUGCAUUGCUGUUAACAGUCGCAGAAGAUGUGGGCAGAAGAAAAAGCUAGUGAUUAACAAUGGCAAAGGGGCAGUGGAGGACAGGAAGACAAGUGAAUUAAAUGGAGAUAUCAGCAAAUCACAAGAAAUGGUGCACUUGGUUCAUAAAGAACAGUCAAAUGACCGAACACAAGCAUGUGAUGAAUUCCUGACUGUUAAUGAAACACAAAAUCAUCACGAGUUGGAGAUGAAGACUGGAGUGUAAUGGUACCACACUGCCAAGCAGAUCAGGGCUGGGGAAACCAAAAUCACGUGGAACUUGAACAGGAAUUCACAGAUGCACUGUGCUACUGAUGUCUUUUGAACAUAAGCAUAAGUUCUGUUUCUUUUUAAUCACUUUGCAAUGAUGCCUGAGUUUAAAAAUUGACAUGUGCUUUCUGAAAUACACCCCCAAGAGUUGCAUAAUGCUUUCAGUUCCCAGUCCCUUCACAGAGGACUCUCACUGUGUCCUGGAUGUUAGGAGGCAUACAAGUUUACAUCAUUAUUCCCCAGAUGGAAGGUCUUCACUGUGUGGAGCUAACGAAGUAUCCAGUCAUUCCAUCUUACAGAUAUUUAAAGUAUUAAACAUGCCAUGGCACAGAAGUAAGUGAGGAAAAAUGUCAAGAGUAAAAAAAAUCAAAUUUCAACCCAAAAGGCAUCUUCUACAAUGUCUGCAACAGCAGAAUCCUUCAGAAAUGCCUUCCAGCCAGGAAUAGCAGUGGGUACAUUGAGAAUCUGCCUGGAUAAACAAAAAGUGACAUUUUAUAAUUAUGUGUGGCUUGGUCUGCAACAAGAGAAACCCAGAAGGACAAAGUUUAUUUAUCUUUGUUUUUAAAUAUCUAUGGACAUAGUCCAUAUCUGUGGACAAGUCUUCUCUGGAGGGGUAAUAAAGGCAUGAAAACAUGAGCUGAAACAUAAUAAACUUCUAUUCUUUAUUAUCCU